UUUUUUUUUUUUUUUUUUUACGUUUUUGUUUGUCACCGUUUUGUAACGAUACCAUUCGGCCCGAUUCGGAAAGUGACCAACAACGAAUAGCCUGGCCGUCUCCGACUUCCCCGCCCUCACUCCCCUUCAGAGCUGGAAAAGCCCAACCAAUCAUCUGACAGGGAGGGAAGAGGCGAAGCACCACCGACUUCCCAAGAUGCUGGCACUAAUAAACCGGCUUUUAGACUGGUUCAAGUCUUUAUUUUGGAAGGAAGAGAUGGAGCUGACCCUGGUCGGCCUCCAGUAUUCGGGAAAAACGACGUUCGUCAACGUAAUUGCCUCUGACGGAACCCUAAUUGGAGUGAUGGUUGAUGAGAUGAAGAGGCUGCUGAGGAAGCUGAUGUCCAAAUUUGUGCAAAUGGAUGUGAUCAGGAAAGCUGAGGAUAUCCUAGAUGUUGAUUACAGGAACAAGGAGAACUGGCAUGACACAGGCAACAUAGCAGUAUCACAUGAUGCCAGACAAUACAUGGAGCAAGUUGAAGACUAUCUCUGAUGCCACCAAAAAGAGGUUCUUUGACAGUGUAGUUAAUUUUUACACAAGUGUUGUGACCAAAAUGAACUUGAAAAAAAAUGGUUGCAUUUUGUCCUAGUGAUUGUCUCGCGCGCGCGCGCGUCA